AGUGUGCUGAUGUGGAUGCGAACGCGGGGGCAGGGAUCCGUAGGGGCAGAGGUCGGUGCAGGACCCGGGGAUUCCCUUUUCCGGAGGAGAGCGCAGGACCCAGCCGCCGCCUCCAUCUCAGACGGAGACUGUGAUGCCCGGGAGGGUGAGUCAGUAGCCAUGAAUUACAAACCAUCCCCGCUCCAAGUAAAGCUGGAGAAGCAACGGGAGCUGGCCCGGAAGGGCUCCCUGAAGAAUGGAAGUAUGGGUAGCCCUGUAAUCCAACAACCCAAGAAGAACACUGUCAUGGCCCGGACAAGGCUGGUCGUUCCCAAUAAAGGCUAUUCCUCGCUUGACCAGAGCCCAGACGAGAAGCCACUGGUAGCCCUUGACACUGACAGCGAUGAUGACUUUGACAUGUCCAGAUACUCCUCUUCUGGCUACUCCUCUGCUGAGCAGAUCAACCAAGAUUUGAACAUCCAGCUGCUGAAGGAUGGCUACCGGUUAGAUGAGAUCCCCGACGACGAGGACCUGGACCUCAUUCCCCCCAAGUCCGUGAACCCCACUUGCAUGUGCUGCCAGGCCACGUCCUCCACUGCCUGCCACAUUCAGUAGUGGGUGGGGCUGCCGCAGCCAAUGGAGCCGGGCCACUGGGGGCCAGGUUAGACAGGGCAGGGGCAGACCCCUCCCCAGCUCUUCUGCCAGCCCCCCGGCCCCGCGUCCCCUACAGCCGCCAACCUCGUAAAAGUCAUUGCUUCCUCCUAUGGUAGGACGUGUACCUCUGUGUGUUCAUGGAGCCGGAGAAACCAAAACCGGGUCUCUCUCUACCCCAGAAACUGAGGAGGGGAAGGGGCUGUUUGUCCAGUUACUUGGGGGACUUUGCCCAGCACCUUUUUGCUCUCCCCAAAGCUACAGUCCAGUGGGAGAGUGGGGGACUGGACAGCAGGGAGGCCAACAGUAAUGAGUGGGAGGGAUCACAAAGCCAGGGGCUUGGCCCCACCCCAUGAAGCCAUGAACCCCCAGCCCAGUAAGGAAAGGGACUCUGAGGUAGAAAGGCCCAUUGGAGUGGGGGCAAGGUCUAGCACCUUGGAGCCCCUCCAGCAGCCCCUGUUGGCCAUGUACCUAUUUGCAUUUCUCCCCUCAUCUCCAGAUGGGAAGCCUGGCAAAGUUGCCCAGUGGAAUAUUGUCCCCCACCUAUCGGAUCACUGCCUAUUUCCUCCUCUUUGCCCCAUUCACCCCUUCCUUCCUUCCUUCCUUCCUUCCCUCCUUCCUUCCUUCCUUCCUUGUUCUCUGAGUUGAGCGUAAGAGGCCUUAGAGACAGGCCAGAGUUUGGGAUGGUUGGGAUGAUAUGAUCUGUCCUCACCUGCCCUUAACCAAUGUAUCUCUCUGCCAACCCCCUCCCCACCCCACCCCCACACACACACAUACACAUACACGCGCACUCACACACGCAAAUGCUUCUGUUCAUUGGCCUCUGUCCCAGGCUAGAAGCAGGAGGUAACACUAGCCUCGAAUGCCCCAUUCCCAUCUCACUCCAGCCCAAGAUUUCAAAUCCUUCUUCCCAGUAAGAACCUUCAAGGGAGCAAGCUUAGGAAAAUGCUAUGGCUGCCUGUGUAUGGCAGGGAGCACUUGAUAGGAUGCGUGUGUGCCUGAGGCUGUCAGGGUGUGCGUCUGUCUCUGUGUGGGCCUGUCUUUUUAGAUGUCUGCUUCUGUCCUAGAUGGUGAGGAAGUGACUGUGUGGUCUGUUCACAGUGUGAGAGGCUGUUCAGCAGUGCAGUGGACUGAGCGCCCUGGACUGGGACUCAGAGCCUGGUUCUAGCCCCAGCGCUGGCACUGUCCCGGUGGUCUUCAACAAGCCACUGCGUUCCCUGGGCUUCAGCUGUCAAAUGAGCAGCGUCUGAAAGUUCUGAAGAAACUUUGUCAGAGGAAUUUCUGUGGAGGUGUAUAGGGAGGUCUCUGUGUGUCUUUGAGUACACCUAGGAGGCUUCCUGAGUUGUAUGUCUGUGUGAAAAGGAGAAGGGGGAGUUCCUAUGGGACCUGUGUAUGUUUGAGUGCAUGCAGAUCUAUUUGGGAAUACAUGUGUGUGUGUCUAUGAAUGUGUAUGUGUGUGAGUAUAUAUUAUGUAUGUGGGUAUAUGGGGUGUCUGUGAGUCAGAAUGUGUGUACUGCUGUCUCUGCUGCAGUUGCUGGGGUGGGGAAGAUGCCAGAGAAGCUGAUGAUGAAAGUCAAGGUCCUCCCCUGGGACUGGGCAAUAGAGACCUGCCCCAUGUAAAGAAAAAUGAAAGCACAGUUAGCCUAAGACUGCUCUGGUCUAUGCCCCCACAAACCCCAUAUCCCAGGGCCAGGGGGUAUACCCUCCAUUCUUCCAUGCUGCCACCUCACAGCCCAUUCCCUGGGAGGUGGAGCUGGAAGGGAGAGAGGAUAAUGAGAGAAUAAGGCUGCUACUUAGGAAGGGUAGCAGCUCUCCCUGUACUACACCCAGGGGUCGCCAGCUCCAAAGUACUAAGGUGAAGCUCUCCAACCCCUAACGCAGCCCUACCUCCUCUUGUACAGGGACCCUGGUUAGAUGAUGAGAAAAUGCCAAAGGGAGACAAGGACAGAGACGGUAUCUGCAGGGCCCACAAGGCCCAUACCAGCCCCCAACUGUGCCCAUCUCUCCCACCAAGGUCAGAUCCCUACACCCUGUCAUCUGGGCCCCAGCGCCAAGCCUCCUACUACUAUCACCACCACCUUGGGUUUCUUGACUCACUCUUCGAGAACAUGGGUACUUCCUCUUUUCCAAGUAGGGCCCCACCAGGGCUCAUUUAGACUGCUACCUUUGCUGCUGAUUUGCUGUGUGACUAUGGCCCACUGCUGAACCCCUCUGUCCCUGAGGAACCAGGGAACACUCCCUCCACGCAGGACAUACCUAGUUCCCUGGCAGGCAAGGACUUCCAACUGAGGCAGUGUACAAGUGGUGGGGAGAGGCAGCCAGCACCUCUGGGUCUAGGAAGUGUGUGGUUCCCUCCUCCCCUGUCUGGGAGGAUGGAGGGGAGGAAUUGAGGCCUUAGCUUGCCCCCUGUCAUUCUUCCCCCUUGUAGAUACUGCCUUAACACUCCCUCAACCCUCAGCUCUGGCUGCCACCCAGCCAGGUUUCUCCGUGCUCACUAAUUUAUUUCCAGGAAGGUGUGUGGAAGACAUGAGCCGUGUAUAAUAUUUUUUUUAACAUUUCCAUCGCAGUAUUGACCAUCAUCCUUGAUUGUGUAUCGUGUAACACAAAUAACGAUAUUAAAGGCAUCAAACAAGUCA